ACGUUUACGAAAAUAAUCAGUUCCUGAGAGACAACCUUACUAGACAGGAAAUGGGACAUGCAAUCUAUGGCAAGAUUACUUGUACGAGGAACAGCUCGCCUGAUGAUCAUGAUCGUGGCUUAAGUGAUAUAAUCGAAUCAUUUCACAUGCUUAAUAAUCAUUGUGUACCAACAAGUGAUUCCACAGAGAAGAAACUUUCUUGGUUACGUUCACAAAUCAUUGGCGGGAAUUCAGAAUUCAACACCCCGUUUGGAAAGCGCGGGCUCACUUAUUCUGAUCACACUGCCUCCGGCCGGUCUCUUCAAUAUAUCGAAAAUUACAUCCUAAAUCAUGUUCUUCCAUUUUAUGGUAACAGUCACACUACAGACAGUUACGUAGGCUACCAGACUACGAAAAUGGUGCAUGAAGCAGCAAAUUUCGUAAAGAAAUGCUUAGGAGGUGGCGAAGAAGAUGCAAUAAUCUUCUGUGGUUCUGGAUCAACAGCAGCUAUUAAAAGACUGCAAGAAGUAAUGGGAUUAGCUAUUCCUUCAAUACUAAGAGAUAGAUUCUUGAAAUGUCUAAGCAAAGAAGAAAGGUGUGUGGUUUUUGUUGGCCCGUAUGAACACCACUCCAACCUCCUCUCAUGGCGGCAGAGCCUGGCGGAGGUGGUGGAGAUUGGCCUGGAUCAAAAAGGGUUGCUGGAUAUGGAAUCCUUCAAAAUCCAACUCGAAUUUUAUAAAUCGAAAAACAGGCCAAUUCUUGGAUCCUUUUCAGCUUGUAGCAAUGUCACUGGGAUUUGUUCAGAUACACGUGCAAUAUCUCGACUUCUUCACCAAUUUGGAGGCUUCGCUUGCUUUGAUUUUGCAGCAAGUGGUCCUUACGCGAAGAUUGAGAUGAGAUCAGGAGAAAUUGACGGGUAUGAUGCAGUUUUCCUUAGCACACAUAAAUUUCUGGGAGGUCCAGGUUCCCCUGGGAUUCUGCUAAUGAGCAAGGUCCUUUAUCGGCUGGGGUCUUCUCCCCCAUCAACAUGUGGAGGUGGAACUGUUAAUUUUGUUAACAGUUGCAACGAAGAGCAAUAUUCGAAUGGCAUUGCAAAAAUGGAUUAUGUAGCUGACCCCCAAUUGUUACUGAUAAAUCCUGAAUUUUGUCAAAUUCAGGACACUUUAUAUGUUGACAACAUAGAAGAAAGGGAAGAUGCUGGAACUCCACAAAUCAUUCAGAAAAUCAGAGCAGCAUUGGCUUUUUGGAUAAAAGAAUACAUUGGUUACAAAACCAUUGAGAGACUUGAACAAAAUUACAUUGAAAGAGCACUCAAAAGACUUGUUCCCAAUCCCUACAUAUGGGUAUUAGGCAAUACAAAAGCCAAAAGACAAGCCAUGUUAUCUUUCCUCAUUUACUCUACUACAAGUUCAUCAUCAUCUGAGCUAAACCUGUGGAAAGAGACUGGAAAUACGAGAGAUAAGCCGCUUCACGGCCCAUUCGUUGCCAAGCUUUUGAAUGACCUUUUCGGAAUACAGGCCCGGGGAGGUUGUGCUUGUGCAGGGCCUUAUGGACAGAGUUUGCUCAAUGUCAAUGAGUCCCAUUUACUCGCCCUCAGGUUGGCCGUUGAAAAGGGUUAUGUUGGAGUAAAGCCAGGAUGGACAAGAGUGAGCUUUCCCUACUACAUGUCUAAGGAAGAAUUUGAGUUCAAUCUUGCAGCAAUUGAAUUCCUAGCCAUUUAUGGGCAGAGAUUUCUUCCUUUAUACCAGUUCAACUGGAGAACUGGUGCAUGGAAUUUCGACGAAAACACCCUAAAAAAUACGUUUCUUGGAGAAGAAAAUAAUUUCAAUCCUAAUGGUUCAUCCUUAGCCACUAUAAUCAAAGCAUCAAAUCAGAUGGAAUUUGAUGGUUUGAUCAUCAGCAGAUAUGCAAAUUAUUUGGAGACUGCAAAACGCAUUGCAACCCUUCUUCCAAAAUUUCCACCAGAGAGAAGGGUACCGGAAGAUAUUAUCAUUGAUCUUGUGCCCUUCAGAAUUUAAAACGUUAAACUCAAUUGGAAAGGACAAUUUCUUGUUUAUUUUUCAUCAACUAUUUGGUUGCAUUGUGAAUGGGUAAAGAAAAUAAUUUUUCAGUGUGGAUGUAA